AUGGACGACUGGAACACCACCACCAAGAUCGGCAGCCGCAUGGGUGGCGGCGGCGGCUUCGCUCGCGAGACUGUCGUCAAGGGCAAGAGUGCUCUCAACGCUGCCCAGCGCCAGGGCGGUGUCCUCGCCACCGAGAAGAAGUACACCACCGGUAACCUCUCUGCCAAGGCUGGCGCUCCCGAAGGCCAGCACCUCACAAAGGUCGACCGCAGCGACGACAUCAUCAAGCCCAAGACCGUUGGCUUCGAAGUAGCAGACGCUAUCAAGAAGCGCCGUACCGACGAGGGCUACAAGAUGACCCAGAAGGAACUCGCCACCAAGUGCAACACCACUGUCACCAUCAUCCAGGACUUUGAGCGCGGAACCGCCACUCCGGACCAGAAGGUUCUCGCUGCUAUGGAGCGCGUGCUGAACGUCAAGCUCCGCGGUAGUGACAUCGGCAAAGAGAAGUUCCCCAAGAAGAAAUAG